AUGACUAUGACAUGGCUUCAACACCCUUGGGCACUGGAGUCUGGCUCUAUGAUUGCCUGCUUCGUUCAAUUCGCUGCCAUGAUCAUCGUCUGCAUCUUUUUCAACGGAAAGCCAGUGUUCGACGGCCCAUUCAUCACACUCAACACGAUCAUAUCCAUUUUAUCGACCGGGUCCAAGGCCUCAAUGCUGACAGCAGUAGCGAGCUGUAUCAGUCAAGCCAAUUGGUCUCUCUUCGCAGGCCCACCUCGACGACUCUACGACUUUGAGAUGGUAGCCGAUGCAAGUCGCGGGCCCCUUGGGAGUCUUCAACUGCUAUUGAGUUCCAAGUUCAGAGGAGGCGCGAUUGUACGCAUGGGUGCAAUCAUCACCGUGUUCGCCAUCAUCAUGGAUCCUUUUGCACAGCAACUAAUUCAACUUCACCAAGCCAUGCGUUCAGAAGCAGGUGGCUCAUUCCCCAGAGCAGUCCGAUACGACCAAGGAGUCAGAUUCGGUAAUUACUCGAUGGAGAAAUCUGUACCGAAACUCUUGGGAAUUAUCUCGUCACCAGACCUUGUGAUGAAAGCAGCGCUGCUAUUCGGCUUGACCAGCGACAGGUCACAGAUCUUGCAACAGGCAAGCUACAGCUGCCCGACAAGCGAAUGCGAGUACUCGGAUGUCACAUCAGCAGCAAUUUGCAGCAAAUGCGCCAACGUGGAUUCUUCACUCAAAAGGACGACAGAGGUACGAAGUACCAGCUAUAUAGGAUGGGUGGGUGAUUUUAUCGCGGUGGCACCUAAACCAGGCUCCUGGAAUGCCACGAGAUUCGAACUGCCUAAUGGCCUGUAUAUGCAAGCCCAGGAUGACCUUCCAAAUAGCAUGCUGACGACCAUGACUACCUUGGGAACGUCGAAUGCGUCCAAGACGAUCACUACCAAAGACAUGGACACCUUGAUCUGGUCCCAGAGCAUCAUCAAAGUCGACAACAAAUCUGCAACGACUGACCUCAUAUGGCCACAGUGGGAUGUUCAUGCGACGGAAUGUGCACUCUACUAUUGCGUCAAGAACUACUCGUUCCAGGUACGCAACGGCACUUUAACAGAGUCAUCCAAGAUUAUGGAUGAGUACAGACCCAAUAAAUCAUCGUGGCAACCGACAACGACGGGUGAUUCAUCUAGCCAGAGUUCGCCGCUGCCAGAGAACUUUCGUACAAGUCUAGCAUACCACCCCAUCAUGUCCUUGCAUGAGCGCACAAGUCUCGAAUUAGCAAGCAAUGUCUCGAACACAGAGCGAUUUAGCUUGUCCCAAACGGCAGUGGACGGAAUCAGUUACUUAGCCAAGACCACCUUUUCUUCCUGCAGGCCUGAUAAAAACUGCUCCAAUGUAGUGGAAGACCGACCGCCCCCCACCGGCUUCUUAGAUCCUACCGCACAUGCUCCCGAGGCAGCAGAGCUACUAUGGCGCUCAGAUAAUCUUACUACCUUGUUUGAGAACGUCGCCAUGAGUAUGAGUAACGCACUUCGUGCUGGAGAUGCGACAGGCACAGAAAGAACGGUCGACGAUUCAUAUGUGAGAGGGAAGGUGUUCAGGCCCGUCACGUUGUACCAGAUCAGGUGGCCGUGGGUUAGCCUGCACGCUGUCAUCCAAGCCGCGGCUAUUGUAUUCUUUUUCCUCACGAGGUUCAACCACCCUCCAGGCGGCAAAGCUCCCGUUUGGAAGUCGAGCGAGUUGGCUGUUUUUUCAAGUGGAAUUCUCGUAUCGGAUGUGUUGAAAGAUAGCAAAACUUUGGAGGAGUUGAAUGCCAAAGCCAAGGAAUCUCUCGUAAUCUUGGCCAAGAAUGACGAAGAGCACCCGCUAAUGCAGGUCCCCUCGGCCUCAGAAAGAUCAAGUAUUCAGAUAAUUACGAAUAAAUAG